GCAAGAUGAGGCCGGCGAUCGCCCUGUGCUUCCUCUGGCAGGCGUUCUGGCCCCAGCCGGGCCGUGGCGAGCACCCCACCGCCGACCGCGCGGGCUGCUUGGCUUCGGGGGUCUGCUACAGCCUGCACCACGCUACCUUCAAGCGGCAGGAGGCCCAGGAGGCCUGCACCCUGCGCCAUGGGGUGCUCAGCACAGUGCGCGGGGGCGCGGAGCUCCGCGCGGUGCUCGCGCUCCUGCGGGCGGGCCCGGGGCCCGGAGGGGGCUCCAAAGACCUUCUCUUCUGGGUGGCGCUGGAGCGCCGGCGAUCCGACUGCACCCUGGAGACUGAGCCCUUGCGGGGAUUCUCCUGGUUGUCCCCCGACGUCGGCGGGUCGGAAAGCGACACGCUGCAGUGGGUGGAGGAGCCCGCGCGCUCUUGCACCGCUCGGAAGUGUGCGGGACUCCAGGCCACUGGGGGAAUCGAGCCUGCGGGCUGGAAGGAGAUGCGAUGCCACCAGCGCGCCGAGGGCUAUCUGUGCAAGUACCAGUUCCAGAGCUUGUGCCCCGCACCGCGCCCCGGGGCCGCUUCGAACUUGAGCUACCGUGCGCCCUUCCAGCUGCACAGCGCGACACUGGACUUCAGUCCCCCCGGGACGGAGGUGAGUGCGCUCUGCCCUGGGCAGCUCUCCGUCACGGCCACCUGCACCGCGGACGAGGUCGGCGCGCGCUGGGAAGGGAUACCCUCCGGGGCCGUGCUCUGCCCCUGUCCCGGGAGGUACCUACGGGCUGGCAAAUGCGCUGAGCUCCCUGACUGCCUAGACGACGUGGGAGGCUUUUCUUGCGAGUGUGCUGCGGGUUUCGUGCUGGGCAAAGACGGACGCUCCUGUGUAACCAAUGGGGAAGGACAGCUGACCCCUGGAGGGACCCAGGUGCUCACCUGGCACCCGCCAGCCACUGCAGCCAGCCUCGCGCCGAAGGGAACGUGGUCACCCAGUGUCCAGGAGAGGCCGGGAGAGAUACCCAAUGCCCCUGGACAAGGCAGUGCAACAGCAUCUUUUCCCGAGAUCCCUCGGUGGGGAGCACAGAGCACGCUAUCUACCCUUCAAAUGUCCCCUCAAACAGAGGUAAAGGCGGACGUGAACUCUUCAGGAACAGCCUUUCCCAAGGUUAAUGCUACGUCUCCCUCGGACAACCCCCAGGCUUUCGAUUCUUCCACCGUGGUUUUCGUACUUGUAAGCAUGGCUGUAGUAGUGUUGGUGAUACUGACCGUGACAGUGCUGGGGCUUUUCAAACUCUGCUUCCACAAGAGCCCUUCCCCUCAGCAAAGAAAGGAGCCUUUGGCCUCGCUGGGCACGGAGGGUGAUGCUGAGGCGGCUCAUCUGAGCUCCGGCUCUGCACGUGGCACGGACAACGGGAUGAAAGCCGGGGACUGUGGUCUGCGUGCCUCGGUGACGGGGUCCUCUCUUGGCUCUGGUGACACAUAGGGAAACGGGGGACAGUGAGCGCGCCUUGUGAAAAGGGAAAGGAGGAACUUACUUGUGCGGAUGACAAUUCCUACAGAAAUUCUUUAUCCCCUAAAUUUCCUCUAUUCCACCGAGGAGCCGGAUCUGAACUGAACACUCCUUCCAUGAAGAUGGAGGAAGUGGAAGGGCCUCAAGGUAGUAGAGGGGUGCCAGGAUCCUACUGGGAGAGCUAUUUUCUUGUGUUUAUUCUGGGGAAUUUGGAGAGGUGGUUGAACUUUUUAUGACAUGGGAAGCAAAUAAAGUUUUUUGUUUUUUGUUUUUACCAAAAUGGAAACCUUCUGUUUACAUUGUACAGGCUGGGAGUAUAUUGGUUUGAAAUUCCCAGGCAAAAAAUAAAGUAUUGUUGAUAACCCAGA